UGUUAUUUUUAAGUGAUAAACCAUUGCCCUGCUGUGAUUUUGAGGCAUUUCUGUGCACUACACAGGAAUGAACAACCACGACCCGCGGAUGCAGAAAGGCCCAGCGUUUAGCUUCGGCACACGUCAUCAUGGCUUACAGGCCAACUCUUCCCCAGGUCCUGGUUACCUUGUUCCCUCCAACAUCACCAGGGUGGGUCGGGAUGGAACCCCUGCGUACUCCGUCUAUGGCCGACCCAAGGAUAUUCAGCCUUUCCAGACUCCUGGCCCAGGAAGUUACUCCCCUGAAAAUGCAGCAAAGACCACCUAUUACUUGGCCCCUGCAUUCUCUCUGUCUGCAAGGACUAAACUGUUCCGUAAUGAUCAAACACCAGGUCCAGCUGUGUACAUGCUUCCCCCAGUAUUAGGGCCAAGAGUUGUGAAUAAAGCAUCUGCCCCAAACGUCUCCUUCGGUGGUCGUAGUGCUAUCGGCAGCUUCCAUGAAGAUCUACGGAAGACUCCAGGCCCAGGGACCUACCAAGUGGUGGAUUCAUGCGUGUACAAACACAAGGCCCCUGAGUACAGCAUCACCGGACGCAACUUCACGCCUGGAGACAUUACAAAGAAACCCGGACCUGGAGCCCACCAUCCAGAAAGGGUUACUUUCACAGGAACCAAAGCUCCCAGCUAUUCCUUUGGAAUUCGUCACUCUGAUUACAUCGCUCCCAUAAUUGUGGAUGGGGCUGAUUAAACGGGUCAAUGCUGUCCUAGUGAAUUCUGUUAAACAAGCUACAGUCUCCCAUAUCAGGUCUUAAUAUUGCUAAAACAUAACUUGAAUUAAUAGUGUUUCAGUAAAAAAGGCUCCAAGAUGCAUAUUUGUGCUGUUGCCACAAUAUGAGAAAUAAACUCCAUUCCAAAACCAAGUUAACCAAGUCUACCUAGACUAGCAUUUUAACAGACACAAUCUACUAGUGCUGGGUCUGACUCCACCUUAUUGAGUCAGAGUUUAUUCCAAAUCCUUAACCAAGUUCGAGUCCAUGUUCGGUCAUAAUUGCAGUUGGAGUCCAAAUACCCCAACUCUACAAUCCAUACACGGAGGUUAUUCCCAAAAAAUAAAAUAGAAUUGACAGCCAAAACAAGUAAUUAAAAACUAGUUAUACAAUAUAUA